GGAGCCGGGCGCCCAGAAGCCCCGCCGUCGGCGAUGUUUUACUUCCACUGCCCGCCGCAGCUCGAGGGCACUGCGCCCUUUGGCAACCACCCGCCCGGAGAUUUUGACGAUGGGUUCCUGCGGAGAAAACAGCGUCGGAACCGGACGACGUUCACGCUUCAGCAGCUGGAAGCUCUGGAGGCAGUUUUCGCCCAGACGCACUACCCCGAUGUAUUCACCAGAGAAGAGCUGGCCAUGAAGAUAAACCUCACGGAAGCCAGAGUGCAGGUUUGGUUCCAGAAUCGAAGGGCCAAGUGGAGGAAAACAGAGAGAGGGUCCUCUGACCAGGAGCCGGGAGCCAAGGAGUCCAUGGCAGAGGUGUCGUCACCCCCCGUGAGAAAUGUCAAUUCCCCACCCCCUGGGGACCAGGCCCGGAGCAAGAAGGAGGCCCUGGAGGCCCAGCAGAGCCUGGGGCGAACUGUGGCUCCCACAGGACCCUUCUUCCCCUCCUGCCUGCCGGGGACCCUGUUGAACACGGCCACGUAUGCCCAGGCCCUGUCCCACGUCGCGUCCCUGAAAGGGGGCCCGCUGUGCUCUUGCUGUGUCCCGGACCCCAUGGGGCUCUCCUUCCUCCCCCCCUACGGCUGCCAGAGCAACCGCACGGCCAGCGUGGCCGCCCUGCGCAUGAAGGCUCGCGAGCACUCGGAGGCCGUCCUGCAGUCCGCCAACCUCCUGCCAGCCACCAGCAGCAGCCCGGGCCCUGCCGGCAAGCCAGCGCCCCCCGCCGGCAGCCGGGACAAGACCCCUCCGGCCACAGAACAGAGUGAGGGUGAGAAGAGCGUAUGAGGGAGUGCCAGCCGGCACCCUCCCCCAUCCCUGCUCCUCCCGCCUCAGCCCCGUGGAAAACAGGGAGAAGCCAGCCGCCCAGAGCCUUCUCCUGAACCCUGGAAGGGAUGAGAGCACCGCUCCCUCGCUGUCUGGGAAGUGCCCUGGCGUCCUGCCAGCGGCCCGUGUGGUCCUGGCUGCUUUGGUGACAGGUCCUGAUGGCACUGGUGGCACCGGAGCCGCCUCUGUGGUGGGACCUGUCGGUUUUUUUCUGUGCCCAGAAGGCUUGGGGGAAGUAGAGUGCUGCCCCCAUCACCUUCCUGUCCAUUUCCUGGAUGCCAUUGAUGGUCUGGUCACCUCCAAGAACUGUGACACGAGACGCCCAGGGCUAAGCCUCAUGCUAUGAAAUGGGACUGCCCUUGGUCCAUUAAGAGCCAGGAAACUGCUGGAAUUCCAACCAACUCUUCCCUCUACCAAGCCCAGCAGCCACGCCCCUGUGUCUUGUUGAAACCUAUUGGUUGUGGGAUUGGAUAGUCAGAAGGUGAGAAGAUGGGGGCGGGGGCAGAGGCUGAUGGUGCGCAGCUCUCUUAGGGGGACACGGCGGUUCUCACUGGGCUCUUGUGGCCAGACAGGCUGCCAACCCGGGAGCUGGGGCCGCAUCCUGACCCUGAGGGCGUGUCCUGUGUGGCCGCACGCUGCGGGCCCUGCCAUCGGGACUGGCCUCUGGGUCAGCGGACAGCAGUGCCUGGUCCAGGGAAGCUGCUCGCCCUCGGAGGGGAGAGCCCCGGGAAGCCACGGACACAGGUCGCACCGGACUGACUGCCUGACCGCAGGUCCCCGGUGCACAGAGGGAGCUCUCGGGUGGUGGUUUGGUCCUUUUAACUGAAGGAGACACAGGAGGAGCCAAGAUGAGGGUGCCUGGUGCAGAAUGGAGCGGGCGAGGGCUCGUUCCAAAGGGCCGGACGCAGCGAUCUCUGUUGGCCCAGGGUGUCCGUUUCCUCGCCUUCUCUGUGGGCAGUGGACUUGCGAGAUCAAAGGGAAAUGUGCAAUAGCGCGGGGCCUGCCUUCCCCGGCAGGCGUCUGGUCCCGGGGGACACGGUCUUCCAUGGCUCACCGGGUGUUUCCAUGCAAACCCUUCCACCCUUACGACGAUGAUUCUCCUUUCAGUUUCCGUAGUCAAAAGGCUCCACCUUCAGAUCGCCCUGCCCGCUUCUUACCCUCCCCGCCAAGCCCCCAACAAUAUCCCUGAGUGUGUUGUGCCUCGUCUCUGAUUACUGCAAAGCGUUUGAUAAAACACACGGUCUCCUCAGAAACACACACGCCCUUUUCCUGCUGUAGGUUGCUUGUUGAGUACCAAGACGAAACGGCCUGCCAAAGAGCGGCAACGGCGCUUCCGUUCCGCUGUAAUUACGAAUGUUGGGUUGAACGAUGCAAGCUCCAGCCCUUACGUACACUAACUCUUCAAUCUAAUUGUUUGAUUAAACUCGUAUUUCCUCCAGAAAGGUACAUAAAUAAGUGAACUGUUGAGCAAAUUAAGAAUACUUAACAGCAUUGCAUCUGAAAAGUAGUUACGCUGAUUAAAUUUUGUGUCCUUGA